AUGCCCGGAUAUCAAGGAUACCCGCAGCAACAAUAUCCAGCUGCUACUGCAUAUCAGCAGCAAUAUCUUCCCAAUUCCAGUAUACCUGCCCCGGCUCCAAAUCAAUGGCAGGACGCGAGUGUCUCUGCACAACAAGCUCAGUACUCGAAUUCCAUUGCUCAUCCAGCUCCUAUCACUAAUGGUGCAGCACAGCCACCUUCACAGAUACAGCAGCAGCAACCACAAGCUUAUUACGCCCCUAUGCAGCAAGUAUCGUUAGCUCAGUAUUCUCAGGUAACUGUGCCUUUGACAUCCUCGCAGCCGAAUGCAAUGCCUGUGGCUCAGAGUGCAGCCCCAAUGGUACUAGGAAGUAGCAGCCAACCAGCUCAAGAACAGCAGUAUCCCCCUACCCAAUCCACUUAUCAGUCAAAUAGUAUGCAUAUUCAGAACACUGUAAAUGGCACAGAAGCACCAGCUGCUCAACAGCCUGAGGCAGUCGAGCAACCGCUUAUCUCCUUCGACUAG